AACCUCCACCACCACACUUGCAUUGUAUUUCGUUUGUUGUUCAAUCUAACAAACUUCUCUAUAUCGUUUACUUUUUCAACACACCUUACACACUUCUUUAUUUGAGCCUUUCAUAUAAAUAUCAUGGCUUCGAGGGUGGUUUCGGUUUUGGUGAUAGCGAUGAUGUUGUUUGCCAUGAACUGUAACUGCACUAGUGUUGGCCACAUGCCUUCAACCAAAGAGGAAGGUCACGAUUUUCAGGAGGCUAAAGCCAAGACAACACAAACUGCGAACAAGGCCAUGGAAACUGGUAAAGAUGGGAAAGAAGCCGCAGAGUCAUGGACAGAAUGGGCUAAAGAGAAACUCACUGAAGGUCUUGGCUUCAAACAUGAUCAAGAAUCCACCACUAAGAAAGUCUCUGACUAUGCCGGUGAUGCUGCUCAGAAAUCAAAGGACUAUGCCGGUGACACUGCUCAGAAAACCAAGGACUAUGCCGGUGACACUGCUCAGAAAACCAAGGACUAUGCCGGUGACACUGCACAGACAUCAAAGGACUAUGCCGGUGAUGCUGCUCAGAAAUCAAAGGGCUAUGUCGGUGAUGCUGCACAAAAGACCAAAGAAUAUGUUGGUGAUGCUGCUCAGAAGACCAUGGAUUAUGCCACUGAUGCAGCACAGAAGACCAAAGAUUAUGCUACUCAGAAGACUAAGGACUAUGCAAGUGAUGCAACUGAUGCUGCAAAAAAGACUAAAGAUUAUGCUGCUCAGAAGACCAAGGAUUAUGCAAGUGAUGCAACUGAUGCUGCAAAAAAGACUAAGGAUUAUGCUGCGCAGAAGACCAAGGACUAUGCCAGUGGUGGUGCGCAGAAGACCAAGGACUAUGCCAGUGGUGCUGCGCAGAAGACCAAGGACUAUGCAAGUGAUGCUGCGCAGAGGACCAAGGACCAUGCAAGUGAUGGUGCUCAAAAGAGCAAAGAAUAUGCGGGUGAUGUAGCACAGAAUGCCAAAGAUUAUGCUCAAAAGAGCAAAGAUUAUGCGGGUGAUGCUGUACAGAAUAUCAAAGAUUAUGCAAAUGAUGCAGCGCACAAGAGCAAAGAUUAUGCUGGUGAUGCUUCUCACAAGAGCAAAGAAGCUUCUGAUUAUGCCAGUGAGACGGCUCAGAAGACCAAAGACUAUGUUGGUGAUGCUGCUCAGAAAAGCAAAGAGGCUUCUGAAUAUGCUAGUGAUGCGGCUCAGAGGACCAAAGAGUAUGCUGGUGAUGCCACCAAGAGAAGCAAAGAGGCUUCUGAUCAUGCCAAUGACAUGGCUCGGAAGACCAAAGACUACGCCAGUGACACUGCUCAGAGAACCAAGGAAAAACUCCAAGACAUUGCAUCUGAGGCUGGUCAAUACAGUACAGAGAAGGCCAGAGAAAUGAAGGAUGCAGCAGCAGAGAAGGCUAGUGACAUUGCAAAGGCUGCAAAGCAAAAAUCACAAGAGCUGAAAGACAAAUUAGGUGGACAACACCGGGAUGCUGAGCUUUGAGAAUUGAGACGGUUUUUAAUCACUUUGUACCUUUUAAUUAUGCCACAAUAGUUGUCCAAUUCUGCCAGAAAUAAUAUUGUGUGCGUAUAUAUAUAAGGGAGUGUCCGUCUUUGUGUUAUGUACGGGGUGUGGUCUGAUAUAUUAGCAACUACAUAGUCGAGGUUGGAAUAUUUUGUAUUGAAUAUGAUGUUUUCUUUAUGUAUAGUUAAAAUAUAAUAGAUACUCAGCAUGUCAUUUCUCUGAAUAAAGUGCCCAAUUUGUAGGAUC